AUGAUUUAAAUAAAUUAAAAUAAGAUCAAAAUGAAUCUUAUUAAAAAGACAUCUAAUCUCAAGAUCCAAACAAAUAAUCUACCUAUAAAUUCUUAAACUUAGAUCAAUGCUUACUAAUUUUCCGAUGAAAAGGAUGAAAUUAAUUCACCAGAAGUUAGGAAGUUUGAAACACUACUUUUUGAAUCUUUAACUAAAACUUAAAGAUUAUCUGAAAAAUUUAAACUUUUCCAACCAUUAAUAAUAAAUGAACAGUUGAAGUCGCAUUCAAAAAGAAAUUAAAAAGACCAAUAAAUAAUUGAACUUUGA